GUGACGAUAGGAUCACAGACGGAUCGGGCCGAGGGACAGAAUAUUGCUUUCGCGCUCCGCGCCGAGGCGAGAGGGAGGGAAACUCCGGAGUGGAGACAAAGCAGCGGGAGCGGGAACAUCCGGGUCACUCGCGCGGCCUCGAUCCGGGACACGCGCGGCGGCGGCGGCUCUCGAGGGACUCUGAAUAUGUCUGGCAUAGCUCUUAGCAGACUUGCACAGGAGAGAAAAGCCUGGAGAAAAGAUCAUCCAUUUGGAUUUGUAGCAGUACCUACAAAAAAUCCAGAUGGCACGAUGAAUCUAAUGAACUGGGAGUGUGCUAUUCCAGGAAAGAAAGGGACACCAUGGGAAGGAGGCUUAUUUAAACUACGGAUGCUUUUCAAGGAUGACUACCCUUCUUCACCCCCAAAAUGUAAAUUUGAACCACCGUUAUUCCACCCAAACGUGUAUCCUUCAGGCACCGUGUGUCUCUCCAUCUUAGAGGAGGAUAAGGACUGGCGGCCAGCAAUCACAAUUAAACAGAUCUUGUUAGGCAUACAAGAACUUCUAAAUGAACCAAAUAUUCAAGACCCAGCUCAAGCAGAGGCUUACACAAUUUACUGCCAAAACAGAGUGGAAUAUGAAAAGAGGGUUCGAGCACAAGCCAAGAAGUUUGCACCAUCAUAAGCAUUUGUCAUGCAGCAUCUUAAAAAGGAAGGGAUUGGUUUGGCAAGAACUUGUUUACAAAACUUUUGCAAAAUGUAAUGUUGCUAUGUACAAUUAAUAUCCACAUAAGGGGAGGGGGUUGUAUGUGUGCCAUUUUCCAUAUUCGCCAGUUGUAUACAGUUCUAAAUUUGCUGAAUUGCCCCCAGUUUUUUCAUACAGGGUCUCUUCCUUCAGUCUUUUGUAUUUUUGAUUGUUAUGUAAAACUUGCUUUUAUUUUAAUAUUGAUGUCAGUAUUUCAACUGCUGUAAAAUUAUAAACUUUUAUACUUCUAUAAAUUCACUAGUAUCUCUAGUUACUUUGCUAUCUGAUGCAGGCAUGCUUUAAAAUGUUAGAACUAUAUUUAGCCUCUAGCUGGCUGUAUGAAAAAAAAUCAUGCCCUCCACCCCCUUCCCUCCCUGAAUUUGUUUUUUCUAUCUUUCAGAAACUAGGUUGUUAUUGCUUAAGAGCCUCUGAGAUCCAAAGUUAGCCAGCAUCCUUAUUCUGCAUCACUUUCUUUGUGUUUAUAUGGCAUUCUGUCUGUGUUGCUGUUUAGAGUAAAUAAACUGUUUAUAUAAA